AAGCAACAUCGCAAAACUGGAUGAUGAAUACAAAGUUGAGCGCGUUGAUGACAAACGAUUUGUGGACGGCCGCUUGGAAUACUUUUUGAAGUGGGAGGGCUAUCCCAGCAAUGAAAAUACUUGGAAGCCUUUGGAAAAUCUUAAUUGCUCUGUCGCUGAAAAUUAGGAAGGAGCCGCACGAUCCGGCAGAGCCGCAGGAGCCACAAUUGGCGCUGGAAAAGCGCGUAGAACAAGUCCCUACACCAGAAAGCCAGCCCCGAAAGUUUUUCGGAUUUGAGCGCGGCCUGGUGCCGGUAAAGAUACUCGGCGCCACCGAAGUGCGGCAAAAGUACAUGUUCCUGAUGAGGUGGGAGGGCUCCGAUCGAGCCUAUCUGGUGCUUGCAAGUGAAGCCAACGAACGAUGCCCACAGGUUGUGAUUAAUUUCUACGUGGAGCGCAUCGUGUAUGGCGACCCCAUGGGCGCCUGCGGCUCGGGAACUCGCACGAGGGAGACACCAUGGAAGUGGAUGAAAUCGGAGAAGCAGACGACUAAGCAAUUUCUGAGAAAUCGAUCACUUUCAUACAAUAAGUAGUGUUCCAAUUAAGGAAAAUCUAAAAGGCAUAUAAAAGCUCUAGGACAAACUGCGAGCCAACAUGAUAAUAAUAUUUGAUCCAGUCUUAAACGAAA